AUGCAGACCCACUGUGAUUCCAUCUCCGAUUUGCUUGGCAAUAUCCCAAGCAGCAGCAUGGCAGUCACCCUGCACCGGCCUCAGAUUGGAUCCACAAUUAUACAAGAUACAUUAUAUGGUAGGAGACACACUUUUGAGGAAACUGUCAACCGUGUCAUCAGCUGCGAAGAUACUGUUUCUGUUCUUCCUAUAGUUGGUCCGGGGGUAUUGGAAAAACAACUUUCACUCAACACCUCUAUAAUGAUGCAAGGCUGUAUAGUGAUACUGGGGGUGAAAAUUAUUUUGAAGUCAGGGUCUGGGGAGAUCCUUGGCUGCAUACCUGAACAAGAAGGAAUCAACGGUGUUGCAAAUGAAACAACCAAUUUAGACCAGCUUCAGAAAUCCAUAGCACACCGUCUCAAGUCCAAAAGGUUUCUAAUUGUCUUGGAUGAUAUAUGGAAAUGUGACGGUCAGGAUCAGUGGAAGACCCUGCUAGCUCCGUUCACAAAGGGGGAAACCAAAGGAAGCAUGGUAAUUGUCACAACUCGAUUCCCAAAGGUAGCAGACAUGGUGAAAACACUUGAUCCACUAGAGCUGCGAGGUUUGGAGUCUAAUGACUUCUUCACAUUCUUUGAAGCAUGUAUAUUUGGUGAUCACAAGCCUGAGCAUUACGAAUAUGAGUUAGCUGAUAUUGCAGGAAAAAUUGCAAAUAAGCUAAAGGGUUCCCCACUAGCAGCCAAAACAGUUGGUGGACUAUUGCGCAAGGACCUAUCUCAGGAACAUUGGAAUGAAGUUCUUAAAAAACAUGAGUGGCUGAAGCAGCAAAAUAAUGAUGAGAUCAUGCCAUCUUUAAAAAUUAGCUACGAUUAG